AUGUUUGUUACAGACGAGGCGCAAGCCCUCUGUCGACCUCCCGGUCCAGGAGCAAUUUACCGGCGCCCGGAGAACUGCUCAUCCAGAUUCCAUUCCAAUCUGAUGGGAUACCUGAGUCCCUACUCAAGAUUUAAAGGACGUCUUCGCGAUUCCUGUGAAACCGCCAAUAUGCCUGUAGGUGGUCGAGUGGCUGGGAAAGUAAGUGGAAUAGUCUCCAACAAUUAUAACGGUCGAUCGUACCAAGGAAUCAAUGAAGAGAUAAUAUGGGUCAGCAUUGGAAUGGGUGUGGCCAUUGCAGUGCUUAUUACCAUAGCAUUGUGCUAUAUAAUGAGGGAGAAAUUCAAAGAAAGGAGGGAAUAUUACAUCACUGCAUGACUUGUUGUGCCAAAGAGAAACCUAAUAGACUCAUCCAAAGAGUGCUACACGUAAGAUGUUAUUUCCUGCGAACAUGUCGACCGUAGCUUCGAGCUCUUUACUCUCUUCGGUUCCUAUUUUCGGCUACACAAACUCGAAAAAUAUAUUUUGUUUCUUCUACAAACAAGAGUUACUUUUUAUAUACAGUUAUAUGUAUAUUAGGCACCUAACUAAAGGGGUCAAUAUGUUUUUGUAAUAUAAU